UAAUUUUCAACUAAUCCAAUCGGAUUAGAUCGAAAUCAACAUUGAAAACUCUAAUGGAAGAAAAAUAAGCGCCCAUUGCCGUAGAGAAAUGGGUGAAAAAACAAAGCAGCCGCGUCUGACGCAGUAGUUUUCCUCCGCCGUCGCAAAUUCGCAGUUGAAUCAGAAGAAAAUGGUGUUGGUUGGGGCGGCGAUGGGGCUGAUGAGCGGCACGCUCGUCUACUACCACUGCGCCUACCGCCAAUCCAGCGUCGUCUCGCUCAUGGCCGACGUUCUAAUCGUGCUACUCUGCUCUCUCGCCAUCCUCGGCCUCCUCUUCCGCCACAUGAACAUCGCCGUCCCCGUCGAUCCCCUCCACUGGCAGAUCUCUCAGGACGCCGCCUCCUCUCUCUUCGCCUGCCUCGCCAACACUCUCGGUGCCGCCGAGUCCGUCCUCCGCGUCGCCGCCACCGGCCACGACAAACGCCUCUUCCUCAAGGUGAUUUUCUGCCUUUAUUUGCUCUCUGUAGUCGGAAGAGCUUUCUCCGGCGUCGCUGUGGCUUAUAUCGGUUGGAUUGUGCUUGUACUGUGUCUACGCUAUUCUUGAAAACUCUCAGACCAACAGCGCAUAUUUGGGACGGCUUGUGGGUAGAAGAGAUGGCGUUCAAGAUAACCAAUGAUUCCAAUGCUUGUGCAGUUUGCAUUUUCUGUUAAUACAUCUAGUAAUCUUCAUUCGAGCAAAUAAUGCCUUCGUGAUGGGGAAAACUCCCAUUUAUGUAUUAGGUUAUUAAAUACUUACAUGUAUUGUCUUGCUCUUGUAUUCUCACGAGCAUUUAUUGUCCGUAUGUUCAGAUGCUUAGCACUAUCCAGUUCUAGGAACAUUCAAUUCAAGUUAGCUUUCUUGGUUCAAUUUGUGCGUUUUUAUCCUUCAAGGAAUGGCUUCUUGCUCCUCACAUCCAUUUAUCAAAUUGAAAGAAACAUCUCUAUCUUAAGUGACUCUGUUUCUACCAUCAUGUCAGUCCAGGAUCGCCGCACAUGUUGGCUAUAAAACUGCUCUCAAUUCAUGAUUUUGUGUUAACAUUUUUUGCCUUGCAGUUAGAAUAGAGUGACCUUCAGCUCUGAUCCUACAAAUGUGAGUUUUUUUACUUGAUUGCUAUGUUGAUGUUGUUUUUGUGAUUGAAAAAUCGACUCCUGUAGUCCUGUUAUGAUUUUAAGUAAUGUGGAUGAAGAAGCAGAAUGCAAUUGUUGUGGUUAUUUGAAUGCAAAGCAGUUUGAUUUUAUAUCGUCGCCCAAUCUAGAAUGCCGAAGAGGAGAAAAUAUGGUCAUAGUGGGGUGGCAUUGCAGCCCAAGUUUACGAGACAGCUUAUUACUGAGUAUAUACUUUGCAGGCAAAUCUUAGUUAGUUCAAAUGAGCAAAUGAAGUCUUCCAUAUUGUUUCUAAACACAAAACACUACGGAGGUUGUUGACAUAAUCAUCUUGGAUGAUGAAUUUGAAGAACUUCAGCAGGAGGGCACGACAUGGGUAAGAAAUGGCCCGAUGCAGAGAAGAGGAUAGUACCAUGUAUACAUGAUAACGACACGAUAUAUCAAAAUGCGGCAGUAUAGAACUGUGUUACAUGUGAUAUAGCCUCCUUUUUUGUAGAAAUAAAAUUUUGAAUUAAUGGUAAUUUUAUUCUUCUCAUGGUA